AUGAGCAUAACGACCAUUCAGAAUCCUCCUCGCUCACCACCACAUUAUAAUCUUCAUCAUCAAACGGAUUUGCCAUCGGAUGAAGAAGGUGGUAGUGAUGUGAGUCGUUCCAUGAUUAUGGCUGCUCUGGAACAACACGCGGGAGGAUUUGAAAAUGAGCGUCAAGUUUCCAAUCCCAAGCAUCCACAACAUUAUUUGUUACUGCAUGAGGACGAAAAUGAUGACAAGAAUCUCUUCAACAACAUGGACAAUAAUAAUCACAUGAAUAAUUAUGAUAUUGCAACAUCAGCAUCAACGGAUGCCUCUUCUCUUCGGGGUGUAAAAUUAUUCUUGUCCAACGAUGGAAGCAUUGUGGGCGCUCGGAGACAGAUCGUUUCAGUUUCGGAAAGAGUGGCACAGUGGCUGAGGAGUAUUAAACGAUCGAGCAAUCAAAUUCGUUUUCAUUUGCAAUUUAAUGCAAGUCUUACACUCGGACAAGUUUUAAAAUAUGGAAUACCACUUACAACCGUCUUAAUUUAUUGUAUAUACAAGCUUAUAAGUUAUGUCAAAUAUCACUACUUUAGAGACAAAUCCAAAGACAUUUCUAAUCCAAAUAACAAAUAUCGAAUAUCUUUAAAAAAACUGUGGCGACGAAAUUCGAGAUCACCAAGUCAAGAUUAUCUUGCCGAGUCGGAAGAUGAAAAGAAUGACACAAAAAGUUCAACUAAUUUGGCAUUUGACGACUCAAAAUCUGUACAGACAACAUCAGACAUAUUACUACCUCCUUCUCCUAAUUAUUUGUUAUCGGAGCGAAACAUCAAUGGUGUGAAAGGCGUCAUGCUUCCCUCUGGUAGAUGGCUUUCAUAUGAAGAAUACGGAAACACAUCGAGUAGAACUAGAGUGAUUUUCUUUUUUCACUCCAUUGGUCAAUCUCGAUUAGAGAUACCUUGCAAUGAGCAUGACAGUAUUGCUAAACAAUUUAAUGUAAGGUUUAUUCAUGUGGAUCGACCCGGUUAUGGUCAAUCAAGCCAACAAAAAGCUAGAAGUUUCUUAUCCUUUGCAAAAGAUAUUGCUCAACUCUCGAACAUUCUGGAAAUUGAGCAAUACUCUGUGAUGGGAGUAUCCACAGGAUCAUGCUAUGCUUACGCUUGCGCUUAUUUGAAUAUCGAUAACAAGGUUGUUUCAUGUAAUAUACUUAGUGGAGAAUUACCAUACUCGCUUCUUCCACAUGCUCAAUUAUCUAGAUUUCUGAAAGAUGUGUUUUUGCUUGUCAACUAUGUGCCCUUACCAAUAUUUAAAAUGUUGCUGAAAAUUGUGGCAUCAGGUACGAUUUUUAAUGAGCCCGAAAAAUUCACGACUUACAUUCGUCAAAGUGGUUACUACUCAAAAGAGAAUAUUGAAGAUUUACAAAAUUUUUGUACGAAUUGUGUGCUAAGUUUGCGUGAGGGAAUGAAUGCCUAUGGCAUCACGGAGGUUCUUCGAGAGCUUAAAAUGGAAAGAGAAGAUUGGGGUUUCUCUCUGAAAGAUAUCACAAUUCCUGUUCAUGUUUGGCAUGGAGAAAACUCUCAAAUUAUUCCUUUAAAUUUACUCAAGUCUGCUAUUCCUAGUUUGAUUAGUGACAGAUACACUGAACACAAAAUAACUGACAUUAAGUUGAGCGCAAAACAAAAAUUGUCCAGAAAAAGUGAGAAAGAAAGAUCCUCAAAUUCAGCCUACUCUUCCACACUCACACGGGUUGGCUCAUCUGAUACUAUUGAAACUAUGACAACUUCUGUAACUAUCGAUACACGAAAAACACCUGAGGAUAACAACUCGAACCUGAACUACCGAUACACCAAUGUUAAUUUGCAUACGGUAAGCGAUAGAGGUCACUUUUUCUGGAGGAAUGCAAUGAUAUUCGCGGAAAUUGUGAAAACUGUUUCAGAGCAUAUCGAAAACAUUUAUGAUCUUCAAAAUGAUUACAGCUAUUUAUCAGAGACAACUUCACUGUUCGAAUUUAGAACUGAUUUCUGA